AUGAGGGCUGAGAACAUCACCUCUGUCACACAGUUCAUCUUGGUGGGACUCUCCAACCACCACAAGACUCAGGUUCUGCUGUUCGUGGUCAUCCUCCUCAUCUACUUGCUGACCAUCGUGGGGAACCUGGUGAUCAUCACGUUGAUCCAGGUGGACUCCCGCCUCCACACACCCAUGUACUACUUCUUAACACACCUGUCCAGCCUGGAAGUCUGUUAUGUCACCAGCACAGUGCCUCAAAUGCUGGCUCACCUACUGGCAGGCAAUGGGGCCAUCUCCUUCGCCCGUUGUGCCACACAGAUGUACAUUGCUUUAUCGCUAGGUAGCACUGAAGGCCUUCUGCUGGGUGCCAUGGCCUACGACCGGUACUUGGCCAUCUGCCAUCCCUUGGUCUAUGUCAUUGCCAUGGGCAGGUGGCGCCAGGCGCAGCUGGCUUUAGGGGCUUGGGCGGGGGGCUUCCUCCUCUCCAUAAUGAAUGUGAGUUGUACCCUUCGCCUCCCUUUCUGUGGCCCCAACCGCGUCAACCACUUCUUCUGCGAGCUGCCCGUAGUUCUGAAACUGGCGUGUGCCGACACACGUGUGACAGAGGGCGUCAUAUUUGGGGCCGCCGUGCUGAUCCUCCUGGUUCCCCUUUCGGUCAUCCUGACCUCCUACAGCCUGAUCCUGUCCUCUGUUUUGCAAAUGCAGUCAGUGUCUGGGCGGAGCAAGGCCUUCUCCACUUGCGCUUCUCACUUGGCGGUGGUCACCUUGUUCUACGGCACUGUCAUCUCUAUGUACAUGAGACCUCGGUCAGGUACGGCUACUGACCUUGACAAGAGAAUUGCCGUCUUUUACAUUGUGGUCACGCCUUUGCUCAACCCCAUCAUUUACACCCUGAGGAACAAGGAUGUCCAUGGGGCAGUGGCCAAAGUCUUCCAAAGAUGGGGCUUUGAGCCGAAAUCAAAACAUUAA